AUGAAAGAUUCACAGCUCUCAGGCAACCAAUCAAGACAGGGAUGGCCCAGAAGGAAGGAGGAGAAGAAGGAGAAGAAGACUGAGGCGCCGGUGGAGAAGGUGGUGAGGCCGCUAGCCCGACUCAUCCCGGAGGUGACCACCGAACAGAGGAUGAGGCAGACUCCGUUCGAGCGCGUGGUUUACGACAUGGUGCACAACGAGCGUGUGGUGAACGACCUGAUCCUGGGCCGCAGGGUGGGCUUCUACGAGCUACGCGGGGACAUCGGAGAGGGGAACUUCUCUCACGUCCGCCUCGGCAUCCACGCCCUGACCAAAGAGAGAGUCGCCAUCAAGAUCAUGGACAAACUGCGUUUGGAUAAGAAGCACCAGAACCUGUUCACCUCUGAGAUCUCCUGCAUGGAGCAGCUGUCCCACCCUAACCUGGUGCGUCUCUACGAGGUGAUGGAGACCAGCAAGUGGCUGUACCUGGUCAUGGAGUACGGCAGUGGGGGAGACCUGUUCACCAGGAUCAUCAGCAAGGGACGUCUGUCAGACAUGGAGACCAAGCUCAUCUUCACCCAAAUACUGUCAGCUGUCAAACACAUGCAUGACUCCAACAUCGUCCACCGGGACCUGAAGGCUGAGAACGUGUUCUAUACCACCAGCUACUGUGUGAAGGUUGGAGACCUUGGCUUCAGCACAGUGAGUGGCACCAGCGAGGUCCUGGACACCUUCUGUGGCUCCCCACCCUACGCUGCCCCUGAACUCUUCAGGGACAAGGGCUACGUGGGGCGCUAUGUUGACAUCUGGGCCCUGGGCGUCUUGCUUUACUUCAUGGUGACGGCCUCCAUGCCCUUCCAUGCCGACAACCUGGGCCGGCUCAAGCGCUGCAUCCUGCAGGGCGCCUACACCGUCCCCGAUUACGUGGUCGACCCCUGCCAGCUCACCAUCAAAGGCCUGCUGCGUCCCGUGCCGGUCGACCGCCCCACCCUCUCCCAGAUCAUGAACAACAGCUGGCUGAGGGGCAUCGAGUACCCACAGCCCUACAGCCCCAUGCCAGUCACCCCAGAACACUUUGCCCAGGCCCAGCCUCUGUGUGUGGAGCAGCAGGAGGUGAAGAGCGCCCUGGCCGAGGUGGGCAUCAUAGCGAUCCACAUUCAGAACAAUGAGUGCAAAGACAGCCGCAGUCCCAUCACGGGCACCUACCGGAUCCUGCUGCACAGGACCCAGAAGAGGAGGUUGGGGGAGGCGGUGGGGUACUCUGCUCUCUACCCUGAGGACUACGGGGCCAAAGGAGUCGCCACCGUGGUGAAACACCACCCCUCGUCUGUCUGUGUGAUCAUAUAGACUAACCCACACGCAGUUACUGCAUGCUCCACCCUCGGGAAGUCGGGAGAAUCUCAGGUA